AUGGAGCACAGCCACAUCUUCACCCUCCUUUCCCCCCCCAACAGCAGUGCCUGGAGCCCGGGGCAGCAGCCGGCCGACACUCCCCAGGGUUGCCCCCUUGGACCACUGCCCGUCAUCUACUACAGCGCCCUGCUCUGCCUCGGCCUGCCCGCCAACAUACUCACUGUCAUCAUCCUCUCCCAGCUGGUGUUACGGCGUCAGAAGUCCUCCUAUAACUACCUUCUGGCGCUCGCCGCCGCUGACAUCCUGGUCCUCCUGCUCAUCGUCUUCGUCGACUUCAUAUUGGAGGACUUCAUUUUGGGCGCGCCCCUUCCCCCCUCCCUCAACAAGGCAGUCCAGGUCCUGGAGUUCUCCUCCAUCCACACCUCCAUCUGGAUCACGGUCCCCUUGACCGUUGACCGUUAUAUUGCAGUCUGUCACCCGUUGAAGUAUCAUAGCGUUUCCUACCCGGCCCGCACACGGCGGGUCAUCAUGGGCGUCUAUAUGGGGUGUUUGGUGUCUGCGGCGCCUUACUACUGGUGGCCUGAGCUGUGGCAUGGUUUACCUGGAGGUGGUACAGGAAGUGGAGGAAGGGGGAGUAGUAGUAGUGCUGCGCAGCAUGUGCUAGUCUGGGUGCACUGCGCGACUGUCUAUCUCCUCCCCUGCUCCGUCUUCUUCUCCCUCAAUGCAAUGAUCGUCAGGAAGCUCCAGCGCCGUCGCAGCUGCUUCCGCCUGCGCGGCUACUCCACGGGCAAGACCACCGCCAUCCUGCUCGCCAUCACUUCCGUGUUUGCCGUCCUCUGGGCACCACGCACCGUCGUGAUCCUUUACCACCUGUACACGGCGCCGCCGGCUUCCCCGGGUCCCGCCCGCCUUCUGCACCUCCUAACCGAUGUGGCGAACAUGCUGGCUCUCCUCAACACCGGGGUCAACUUCUUUCUCUACUGUUUCAUCAGCAAGCGUUUCCGGACCAUGGCGGCCACGGUUCUCCGGACGUUGUUCCGAUGCCGUAAGCAGCCGCCGCCGUUCUACGCUGGACACAACUUCUCUAUCACCAGUAGCCCCUGGAUCUCCCCUGCCAACUCCCACUGCAUCAAGAUGCUGGUAUACCAGUACGAUAAGAAUGGCAAGCCCAUCUGCAUCUCCUCGUGA